UUAUUCGUGGCAUGAAAAUAAAUAACACGUACGAAAAAUUCGUAUUUCGUGAAAUUUCUCAGGAAAAGUAAGAGGAAUCCCCCGAUUGUGUUGAAAAGCUGCACAUCUACGAGCCUCGUUGUCGUCAUCAAACUCCUUCUCACCAAUUAAACUCACGAAUUUGUGUUUUUUGCAACUAAAAAAAGCGAAUAUGCAAAAUUGAUUAUUUGUUUUUUUUUGCGACAAUUUUUUGCGAAUCGAUAAAAACAAAAAGUUUCUCGUUUCACGCCGCCGACGAAGAAAAAAACUUUUACAAUUUCCGAGUUAGCAGAAGUUCAUCGCUACAAAAAGCGCCUCGAGAUCAUGGGGAUAAAUGUGAGUCGGCAGGCAGAGCUUGCCGAAAAUGCGUAUCUCAAGAAGUUUGUCGGAAAAAAUCACAUUCCCGUGACAGACGACGAAUUUUGGAACACCUUUUUGCAGUAUCACAUAAAUCUUCCAUCGACGAGUCAGGAACAGCUGAAUCUGGAUGCGCGUCUCGAGUCGUUGUGUCAGCAAUUUGUCGCAAAUAACUUGAGUACGGGCAACUUGGGAUCUCUGGUUUACGUGUUUCUGACAAAAGUUACGGAAUUGCUGGCGAUUUCGGAGGAAGAGAGCUCCGUGCAUGUUUGGCAAACGUUCAACGCGUUGUUCAUGAUCCGGAGUGUCGUCAAAUAUUUGAUCGAAACGAGCUCAGAGUAUCAGUUGAUGCAACAUUUCGAAGCGAUAUCUAGUCAGCAAGUGCAACAAAAUAAGGAGGAUGGCGUGAGCAUUGAUUUAGCGGCGACGGAACAACCCGCAGUGACGAACGUGAAGAAUGUUGAUGGCACGAGAUUCGAAAAUUUCUUUGAUGCCGUGAUAAAUUUGAUUGCUGUUGUACCUGUCAAGGAACAUACAUACCAUUUGCAUCUUGAAGCGAUUAACAUGAUCAUCGUUUUGUUGUCUGUGCAUCUUUUUUCUCCUCAACCAACAGAUCGUUCAACAAUUUACAAAACUGUUUAUAAAAGUCCUUAUGCCAAUACCGUGAUGAGCGUUCUCUUGACUUACGUGAGCAAAAUGAUGCCCGUUCCCGCAAAUAUGUUCGGAAUUACCUCCGGAUCGUCGUUCGUUGUCGGAAUCGCCGAAUCGCUAUGGAAUAUUCUCACAUUUACUCGAAAACCUUCCGACAUUUUGGAAACGGAGGAUUUGCCAACUGCUUUUCGUGAACAUUAUCCGCUCUCGAAUCAGAGUCUCUUGCUAAUUUUGAUUCUCAUCAACCACAACACAACGAAGAAGAAUGCGUAUCGUGACAGUCUCUUCGGAUGCACAUCGAUCGACUUGUCUGAAGAUGACCCGAGUAACGUGACAUUCCGCAUCGAUUUUGCCCAACUUUAUGCCACACUUUGUCGCAUCGUCACAAUCGACCAAGCCACACUCCUGCUGUACAUUUUGCUGCAUCGCAACCAGAAAUUCUACAAAUUCGUCAUGUCACAAAGUAAUUUGCAGCAACUCGUGACACCGAUAUUGCACACACUCUAUAACGGGCCCGAUAGUACGUCGCAUCACAUCUACAUGAGUCUAAUUGUGUUGCUGAUUCUCAGCGAGGACGACGGCUUCAACAAGAGCAUACACGAUUUGCAGUUGAAAAAUGUCGCGUGGUACACGGAAAAGUAUUUAAGCGAAAUUUCGCUCGGCGGAUUGCUGAUUCUCGUCGUUAUCCGAACCAUUCAAUAUAAUAUGCUGAAGACUCGUGAUAAAUAUUUGCAUACGAAUUGCUUGGCGGCACUCGCAAACAUGUCGGGGCAAUUUAGAUUUUUGCAUCCGUACGUUUCGCAACGACUUGUAGGACUUUUUGAGACUCUCGCAAAGAAGCAACAUCGAUUGAGUGAACAACUCAAGCCUCCAACGACUGCAAAUGGCGGCGAUACAUCCAUUAACAUGGCAAAUACGGAAGAUUUGUUACAGGACUUAUCAGUGCUUGAAGAAGUAUUACGAAUGGUACUUGAAAUUUUGAAUUCUUGUUUGGCGCAUCAGCUUGUCUAUUGUCCCAAUUUGGUUUAUACUCUUUUGUAUAAACGACACGUUUUUGAAGCAUUCAGAAGUCAUCCAGCGUUUCAAGAUAUCAUACAAAACAUUGACAUGGUUGUUGGCUUCUUUUCAUCUCGACUUCAACGCGUUCAAGAACAACGAGGCGAAUUGGGAGUAUCUGAAGUUCUCGAAGUGAUAUCAAAAGGCGCAAGUCAAUGGUCAAGUGAUCGCUUGAGAAAAUUCCCCGACCUUAAAUUCAAAUAUGUCGAAGAAGAUGCUCCCGAAGAAUUUUUCAUCCCGUAUGUUUGGUCGCUCGUUAGCAAAUCAGGCUGUGUGCAUUUCAGUUCGGAAUCGAUAAAAAGUGUCACGAGCGAAAUUUCUUGCUAGCAGUUACUUUUGCAAAUGGCAGAGUAUGAAGAAGACAAAUGGAAGUUGGAGUUUGUUUAUAAUUUGUAGCAUUGCCGAUGCUCCUAAGUUUAUUUUCUCGCUUAUUUAUACGAAAAAAAAAUAUUUUACGACGAAAAAAUAUUGAUUUAUUUUCUGUUAGCACGAAAUUUUCAAAUGUUUUUAUUUAAAUUUUAUAUUUUUGCAAAGUAUUUUAAAAAUGAAAAAGUAACCAAAACUGUAUCUAGCGACAAGUAUGAUAUAU